CAAUUCUAUUUUUUUAAUUGCAUCUGAUGUAUAAAUUUAAUUUCAGAGGUCGCAGCAGUGGCAAAGGACCACCUCAGCCUACAAUUUCUUUUGAUGGCAUCUAUGCAAACAUGAGAAUGGUUCACAUACUUACAUCAGUUGUUGGAUCCAAAUGUGAAGUACAGGUGAAAAAUGGAGGUAUAUAUGAAGGAGUUUUUAAAACCUACAGUCCUAAGUGUGAUUUAGUGCUUGAUGCUGCACACAGGAAAACUGCAGAAUCCAGUCUGGGGCCAAAACGUGAAGAUAUCCUAGAGAGUAUCUUGUUCAAGUCUUCGGAUUUUGUUAUGGUGCAUUUUAAGGAUAUGGAUACCAAUUAUGCAAGAAGAGUUCCUUCAGAAACAGAUGCUUUUACUGAUUCAGCCAUCAGUGCUAAAGUAAAUGGUGAGCACAAAGAAAAGGAUCUUGAACCAUGGGAUGCAGGAGAGACCACUGCUACUGAGGAGCUUGAGGCGUUAGAGACAGAUGUUUCUAAUGGAUGGGAUCCCAAUGACAUGUUUCGUUACAAUGAAGAAAAUUAUGGUGUAGUAUCAACUUAUGACAGCAGUUUAUCUUCUUAUACGGUGCCAUUAGAAAGAGAUAAUUCAGAAGAGUUUUUAAAACGGGAAGCCAGAGCAACUCAAUUGGCAGAGGAAAUUGAAUCAAGUGCCCAAUACAAAGCUCGAGUUGCCUUGGAAAAUGAUGAGAGGACAGAAGAAGAAAAAUAUACUGCUGUUCAGAGAAAUGCUAGUGAACGAGAAGGACAUGGUGUCAACACUAGGGAAAAUAAAUACAUUCCACCUGGACAGAGAAACAGAGAUGUCCUGUCCUGGAGUGGACGACAAAACUCACCAAGGAUGGGCCAGUCUGGAUCAGGCCCCCCGAUUUCAAGAUCUGGAUCCCACACUUCGGAUUUCAGUUCUAACUCUGGAGCAGACCAGAGAGUAGUUAACGGAGGUGUUCCCUGGCCAUCGCCUUGCCCAUCUCCUUCCUCUCGCCCACCUUCUCGCUACCAGUCAGGCCCCAACUCUCUUCCACCUCGGGCAGCCACCCCUACACGGCCGCCCUCCAGGCCCCCCUCGCGGCCCUCCAGGCCCCCGUCUCACCCCUCUGCUCAUGGUUCUCCAGCUCCUGUCUCUACUAUGCCUAAACGCAUGUCUUCAGAAGGGCCUCCACGGAUGUCUCCUAAGGCACAACGGCACCCUCGAGGUCACAGAGUCUCUACUGGUAGGGGUACAAUUUCAAGUGGCUUAGAAUUUGUAUCUCAUAAUGCACCAGGGGAAGCAUCUACUACUGCAGUGGCACGAGGCAGCCCUUCAGGUGGGACGUGGUCAUCAGUUGUCAGUGGGGUUCCAAGAUUAUCCCCUAAAACACACAGGCCUAGGUCUCCAAGGCAGAGCAGUACUCCCACGGGACCAGCUCUGCCUUCUCCUCAGCCUGGUACUAUUCCUACUGAAUCUGUUGCCAUGCCUGUUCCAGCUGCCUCUCCCACACCUGCCAGCCCUGCAUCCAACAGAGCAGUUACCCCUUCCAGCGAAGCUAAAGAUACUAGGCUUCAGGACCAGAGGCAAAAUUCUGCAACUGGAAACAAGGAGAAUAUAAAGCCCAGUGAGACUUCUCCUAGUUUUCCUAAACCUGAAAGCAAAGGUGUAUCUCCAAUUGUUUCAGAACAUAGAAAACAGAUUGAUGAUUUAAAGAAAUUUAAGAAUGACUUUAGGUUACAGUCGAGUUCCUCUUCAGAUGCAGUGGAUCAGCUGCUAAACAAAACUCGAGAAAGUGAAAAAUCAAGAGAAGUGGUUAAAGAAAAGACAGAAUCAGCCCCUAAAGAACCUAUCGUAGAAACUGGCAGUAAUACUAACUCUAACAGUGGUAGUAGCAAACCUAAUAGUCCAAGUAUUUCUCCAUCAAUAAGUAAUAGUUCUGAGCAAAAGCGAGGGCCAGAGGUAACUUCACAAGGUGUACAGACAUCUGGGCCUGGAAGUAAACAAGAUAAAGAGGAUAAAGAAGAGAAGAAGGAUGCUUCUGAACAAGUUAGGAAAUCAACACUGAAUCCUAAUGCAAAAGAGUUCAAUCCUCGAUCUUUUGCUCAGCCGAAGCCUUCUACUACACCAACCUCACCUCGUCCACAAGCUCAGCCUAGUCCCUCCAUGGUGGGUCAUCAGCAACCAACUCCAGUGUACACUCAGCCUGUUUGUUUUGCACCAAAUAUGAUGUACCCGGUUCCAGUGAGCCCAGGCGUGCAGCCUCUGUAUCCUAUUCCCAUGACGCCCAUGCCUGUGAACCAAGCCAAGACAUAUAGAGCAGGUAAAGUACCAAAUAUGCCCCAGCAACGGCAAGACCAGCAUCAUCAGAGCACCAUGAUGCAUCCUGCCUCGGCCGCAGGCCCGCCAAUUGUAGCUACGCCACCAGCUUAUUCGACCCAGUAUGUUGCAUAUAGUCCCCAGCAGUUUCCUAAUCAGCCUCUUGUGCAGCAUGUGCCACACUACCAGUCUCAGCACCCUCAUGUUUAUAGCCCUGUAAUACAGGGCAACGCUAGAAUGAUGGCACCACCAACACAUGCACAGCCUGGUUUAGUAUCCUCUUCUGCAACACAGUAUGGUGCGCAUGAACAGACGCAUGCUAUGUAUGCAUGUCCCAAAAUACCAUACAGCAAGGAGACAGGCCCUUCUUUCUACUUUGCCAUUUCCACUGGCUCACUUGCUCAGCAGUAUGCCCACCCUAAUGCUACCCUGCAUCCGCAUCCUCCGCAUCCGCAGCCUUCUGCCACACCGACUGGCCAGCAGCAAAGCCAACAUGCUGGAAGCCACCCUGCUCCUAGCCCCGUGCAGCAUCAUCAGCAUCAGGCUGCUCAGGCACUCCACCUGGCAAACCCCCAGCAGCAGUCGGCGAUUUACCAUGCAGGUCUAGCUCCAACCCCACCUUCCAUGACGCCAGGCUCCAAUACGCAGUCUCCACAAAAUAGUUUUCCUACAGCACAACAAACAGUCUUCACCAUCCAUCCCUCCCAUGUUCAACCUGCAUAUACCAAUCCGCCACACAUGGCCCAUGUCCCCCAGGCUCAUGUACAGUCAGGAAUGGUUCCUUCUCACCCAACUGCCCAUGCUCCAAUGAUGCUAAUGACGACACAGCCACCCGGUGGUCCCCAAGCGGCCAUCGCUCAAAGUGCACUACAGCCCAUUCCCGUCUCGACAACAACACAUUUCCCCUAUAUGACGCACCCUUCAGUACAAGCCCACCACCAACAGCAGUUGUAAGGCUCAUCUGGAAUAACUGAAAGGCUGGAUACCUUUUAUAGGCCAAAUACCCUCCUUCUACUGCUUCUGCCAACUGGAAGCACAGAAAACUAGAAUUUCAUUUUAUUUUGUUUAAAAAAAAAAUUGAUUUCUUGUAACAUCCACUAGGAAUGCUAACAGUUCAUCUUGCAGUGGGAGAGAUUCGGACUGAGUAGAGGCAUUUAGGAACUUGUGGGCUAUUCCAUAAUUCCAUGCACUGUAUCUGAGUCCUGCAAAUGCCCCAACUCUGCUUGCUGAAAACUGGAAGUUAUUUAUUUUUUAAUGACCCUUCAAAGUUAUGAACUCAUCAGCUAGCAAAAGAAGUAACAAGAGUGAUUCUUGCUGCUAUUAUCACUAAAAAUCAAGACUUGGAGAUCCCUUUUACUUCUAACUAAACUUGAAACAGGUUCAGUAAAAAAAAAAAAA